UCCAUUACUACGUGCAGUUUUGAUAUCGUAUAAACUUGUUGAUGUUGAGUUGGCAGUUUGGCUCCAGUCUGAAUUACUUCAGCGGGUCUGUCGGUUUCUUUUCAGACCUGACUUCACCUGCGCUGUGUGUGUUUCUGCAUAAGCGUGUGGACAGAGUUGAAAGCCUCCAGUUUGCUGGUGGUCUCGUUGUGUGCUUGUGUGUGUUCGCCACGCAGCGGUGCAGCACCUCACCUCAGUCCUCACCAGCCUGCCAGCAAACACACCUCGGCUCAACUCUGAGGUGUUAGAGCUGUUUUUAUUUUUUGAUUUCCAUCAGACGUGCUGGAGGGACGGAUGCGGUCUUUGUCAUGACUCUGAGGAGAGUAAACGUGCUCAUCCUUGUGCUGCUGGCUGUAGCCUUCCUGAUCAUAGUUCAACGAAAUCUCCUGAACCUCAGUGAGUUUUUACACAAGGAAGUCCCAGAUGCGGGGAUGAUUCUUCCCUUUGAAUCUGAGUUGUCUCCAGACCUCAGAUCAGAGACGGUGAGGAAAGGAGAGGAGAUCCCUGUUCUCAUCACUGCUACCGAGGAAAGACUCGGUGCUGUGGUCGCUGCCAUGAACAGCGUCUACCAGAACAGUAAAGCCAAUGUCGUCUUCACCAUAGUGACCCUGAAUGACACAGUGGGUCACCUAAAACUGUGGCUCAGCAAGACAAAGCUAAAAAAUGUAAAACAUAAAAUAGUUAUUUUUAAGCCUGAGUUGCUCAAAGGGAAGAUAUCUGAAGAUCCACAGACAUUGGAGGCUGCAAAACCGUUGACUUUUGCCAGGUUUUAUCUACCUGUAUACAUACCUGAGGCAGAGAAAGCGAUCUAUUUGGAUGACGAUGUCAUUGUACAAGGGGACAUUCAGGAACUAUAUGAAACCAACCUCAAACCAGGACACGCCGCUGCCUUUUCAGAGGACUGUGAUUCAGCCUCUUCUAAGGGCAUUGUUCGAGGAGCUGGAAAUCAGAAUAACUAUAUGGGUUACCUGGACUUCAAGAAGGAGGAUAUUAAGAAGCUGGGGAUGAGGGCCAACACAUGUUCCUUCAACCCCGGGGUCAUCGUCGCCAACCUGACUGAGUGGAGGAACCAGAACAUCACACGGCAGCUGGAGCACUGGAUGGAACUUAACAAACAGAAUGACCUGUACAGUAAGACACUGGCAGAGAGCAUCGUCACGCCCCCACUCCUCAUUGUUUUCUACAAACGCCACUCCAACAUCGACCCCAUGUGGCACAUCAGGCACCUCGGCACUACAGGAGCUCAAAACCGCUACUCCCCACAGUUUGUGAAAGCUGCCAAACUCCUCCACUGGAAUGGACACUAUAAGCCUUGGAGCAGAACAUCAGCCUUUACUGACGUGUGGGAUAAGUGGUUCAUUGCGGACCCCACAGGAAAAUUUCAACCAGUGCGAAGACACACAGGAGACAACUAGAUUGAAAAAUUUUGUUUCAGGAACUUUUGACCAACCAAGUCCCAGCAGGACCACUCUUUGUGAUAUCUCAGGAACUAAGUAAGGCCUUUUAACUUCCCACAGCCCUGUACUUUACUAGUUUUGUCAUCCUCCGAACAUGUAGACCUGUGCACUCAUUCCCUUAAACAGACAGAAUUUAACUUUUCGUAAUACCCACUGCAUUUUACUAUGGCUUAGAGCACACACGCAUUUUCUUAUCUCAAAAGCUGCUUUGAGAUCGCUUUGACACACUUUUUCAAAAUGUUUUAUAAACUAUUGAAACUAUUUUUACUAAGGAGGCAGACAUUUGUGAAUAUGACCUUCUUAACAGACACGUAUGCAUCAAUUCCAGUCAGUGGUAAACUUGUGACUAUGUGCCAAGACAGCCAUUUACAACUUAGGCCUGUUUACAUGCAGCUUCAUACGGGCUAACUUGCAUUACUAAAGCAGUUUAUACACUUACCUCAGCUUUAAUGGUGUAGCACAGCUGGCCCUACAGUUUAACUUGUACAAACACAUUCCCCUACAGAGUGUAAAUUGUAAUCAUUUUAGCCAUGUCUUUACCUCAGUUCAGUACUUCCUGUGGAAAAGUAACGAUUUUCUUUAUUCCUGAUUGCACAUAGGUUUAUUGAUUUUAGAUACCUGUUUUGACCUUAAUUGUGGUCUAUUACAUAUUAAAGGCUUACUUCAGCAUUUUCUGUUAUAUCUGAUUUGAACUCUUGACAUUUGCCAUGAAUGAACACUAAUGCAGUACUCCACUGCCUCUCUGAACUGUUAAAGUUUGUUUUUUAAUGACUUUAUAUUCAGACCACUAAACUAACUGCACCACUGCAGAAAUUGAAGAACAUGUUUGCAUAAAAUUCGUUCGUGUUUCAGCCCCUUCCCCACGUUGAGAAACGUUUUCACCUUGCUGGUGUAAAUAUGUCAUCUUUUGUAAAGUACAUAAAAUAAAAACAUUUUUACCAUUUAAA